ACCACCCAGGAGAUAAACUCAAGAGAAAACCUCCGUCCGCCUCUUUCUGCCCGACGUCCCUGCAGCUUCAGAACAAGACAACAAACUCUGACACCAUGAAAGUGGCCGUUGUUUUCAUUCUGCUCUUCGCCACAGUUCUCUGUCGGCCGGCGAAGAAAGUUUCUCUCAGCAGUUCAGAGAGCUCUGAGGAGGUGUUGAGACGACAAGCUGCCAAGAAGCAGGCGGCAUUGGUUCCCCAGGCCCGUGUAGCACCGGUUCAGGCAGCUUCCUCCGCCUCAGACGAGAGCGCAGAGAGUUCAGAACAGGGGGCAGCAGUGGCUCCAGCACCGGAGGACACAUCCGUCAGCCCAGACCCGACCCCGACCUCAGAUACAACCGACAGCCAGGACAGUGAGGAUGAUGACGAUGAUGAUGAAACAGAAGAAGAUGAGGAUGAAUCUAGCGAAAGCUCAGAGUCUGGCGAGUCCUCCAGCCCGGCCCCCGCCACCGUCAGCCCCACGGUCUUCACAGAGGAGCCCAUGAUUGAAACCACCGAGGAUCCCAUCGUGCCGACCAUCGUCUUCGACCCAGAAACAGCCCGUGGCGACAACUUGGGAAGAUACCCCGGCGAAUACAAAUCCAUCAUCUACGUGGAGGACAAGUCCUACAACAAGUUGCCCUCUCCCUACAAGUCCUGGGAGUACGUCAACACAGGGAAGAAAGUGGCCUACGAUAUGACCGACGGCAACGAGGUGGAGAAGUCGCUGCCCGUGUAUAAGGCUAUUCAGGUCCACUCUGACAUCCUGGAGGAGGACACCAGCACCCCUGAGAUGGAGAGCCAGGGCCUGGACGCCACUCAGGACCCGGAAAUCACCGCCCGCCAGGCCUCCCUCCCAGGAGAGGAAGAGGUCGUGAGUGCCAGCAAUGCCACAACCAACGAAAGCUCCAGCGCCAGCUCCAGCGACAGCGCCAGCGCGGAGUCCCAGGACGAGGAGAGCAGCGAGGAGGCCACGGCCACGCCCGCCGCAGACAGUGACUCCGACGAGAGUGUGGAGGACGAUUCAGAUGAGGAGGUGGCCAUACCUGACGCUACCACCGACAUGCCAAUGGUCAUCACUGCCAAAUAAGCCCCACCCAUCCAGGAAACGGGCUGGAUGGCGUCACGUCACAUAAAAGAUGUGGGCAAACUGCCUCCAGGUGCAAAAAUAAAACCAAAACUCCACAACCUCUUUCCACUGCCGGGCCAAACAGGAACUGAACAGGCUUGAUUAUUAUUGAUUAUAUCUCUGUGAUUAUUUGUUGUUGAGGCAGAAAUGCCUUUUCUAAACAGGUAUAUAUAUAUUUUACUUGACCAGUCUUGGAAACCACCAUGUUUGACUCUGCAGGGGGAAAGUGGUUGAAAGUGACGAGUUCUACCUUCAGCAGGAGGUUGACUGACCUCGUGACCUUUGUCCCGUCGCCUCUCCGCCGUGUUGCUGCAGGGUCCGGGGUCAAAACUGCAAAAAGAGCAAAGACACACACUUGAGUUCUAAUAUCUACACUAGCACAACACUGCAUUUAAUCAUGAAUUAACAACUGCAAAGUACAGUUUAAUAUUUAUAAUCAUUUCAAGCAUAUUAACAAAAAUAAAACUUGUCAUUAAGUCGU